CCUAAAUUUUCGUCUUCGGACUGCGGUGCAUGUGUUAUGCUUUCUCGCACAUAUAAAUGUCUCUGUGCUUGCCGGGCGCUAACUACUGUAUCUUAUUCCUUUCCAAACAUUUCCUAGUCGCGCCCAGAAAACUCUAUCCCACUCGAUUUUGGAUCUCUACCGUUGCCAUGUCUAGUGGUCCUAAUUUCCAAGGUGGUCGCCGCGGCGGAGGCGGGACCCGCGGACGAGUCGGAGGUGGCGGCCGCAGCCGUGGUGGUCGCGGUGGCGGAGGACGCGGAGAGCAGCGAUGGUGGGACCCUGUUUGGCGUGCAGAGCGCUUGAGACAAAAACCAGCUGUUGAGAUGGAGGUUCUUGAUGAGAAUGAAUGGUGGGGUAAGAUGGAGCAACUGAAGAGCGGAGGGGAGCAGGAGAUGAUAAUAAAGCGUAAUUACAGCCACCGGGACCAGCAGGCUUUGUCUGACAUGGCUUACCAACUGAGUCUUUACUUCCAUGCAUAUAAUAAAGGGAAUACACUUGUCGUUAGCAAAGUUCCUUUACCAGAUUACCGUGCUGAUCUUGAUGAACGUCAUGGUUCCACUCAGAAAGAGAUUCGAAUGUCCACAGAAACUGAGAGGAGAGUUGGAAAGCUUUUGAAUGGCUCAAGCAGUGAAGCAACAAGUAUUGAUUCCAGUGUUUCAUCUGCUCAGGGAGCUAAACAAUUUUCAGUUGGCGUGAAAAUAGAGAAAUCUGUCUCUACUUUAGAAAUUAGUUCUGCCAAGGACAGCUUUAGUGCUGAGCUUUUGCGUAGGCAAGAAAAUUUUAAGCAAAGUAAGAGUGCAAAGGCGAUGCAAUGCUUCAGAGAAAAGCUUCCUGCAUUCAAAAUGAAAGUAGAGUUCUUAAAAGCUGUAGCAGAAAAUCAGGUAUUGGUGGUUUCAGGAGAGACUGGUUGUGGCAAAACAACACAGCUUCCUCAGUUUAUCCUAGAAGAUGAGAUAUCAUGUCUUCGUGGUGCUAAUUGCAACAUAAUAUGCACUCAGCCUCGUCGUAUAUCUGCCAUAUCUGUUGCAGCUCGAAUAUCUUCAGAGAGGGGGGAGAGUCUUGGUGAAACUGUUGGAUAUCAGAUUCGCCUUGAAUCAAAGCGUAGCAUGGAAACACGUCUCCUUUUCUGCACCACUGGAGUUUUACUUCGACAGUUGGUUCAGGACCCUAAUCUGACUGGCGUCAGUCAUUUGCUAGUGGAUGAAAUUCAUGAAAGAGGCAUGAAUGAAGACUUUCUACUAAUAAUUUUGCGUGACCUUCUUCCACGCCGUCCAGAUUUACGUCUUAUACUGAUGAGUGCCACCAUUAAUGCUGAAUUGUUUUCCAAGUACUUUGGGAAUGCCCCCACUAUUCACAUACAGGGAUUGACCUUUCCUGUUGUCGAGUUUUUCCUAGAGGACGUUCUGGAGAAAACUCGUUAUAAUAUUAAAACAGAGUUUGACAACUUUCAGGGAAGCUCCAGAAGAAGAAGGAAAGAUCUAGAUUCUAAGAAGGAUCACUUGACUGCAUUAUUUGAGGAUGUUGACAUUGAUUCUUACUAUAAUCAUUAUAGUGCACCUACAAAACAUUCUCUUGAAGCUUGGACGGGUGCACAGCUUGAUUUGGGCCUGGUAGAGUCUACAAUUGAAUAUAUCUGUCGCCAUGAAAGUGGAGGAGCAAUCCUUGUUUUUCUGACUGGCUGGGAUGAGAUUUCUAAGCUGCUUGACAAAAUUAAAGGAAACAGCUUCCUUGGAGACCUUAACAAGUUUUCGGUCCUGCCAUUACAUGGUUCGAUGCCUACCCUCAACCAACGUGAAAUAUUUGACCGCCCUCCCCCCAACAAGCGGAAAAUUGUUCUUGCAACAAAUAUUGCAGAGAGUAGUAUCACCAUUGAUGAUGUUGUAUAUGUUAUAGACUGUGGAAAGGCGAAGGAGACUAGCUAUGAUGCUUUAAACAAGCUAGCUUGUCUUUUACCAUCGUGGAUUUCAAAAGCUUCUGCACAUCAGAGACGAGGUCGUGCUGGCCGUGUACAACCCGGUUUCUGUUACAGACUGUAUCCAAAAAUUAUACACGAUGCGAUGCCUGAGUAUCAACUACCUGAAAUACUGCGAACACCUCUGCAAGAACUAUGCCUGCGCAUCAAAAGCUUGCAGCUUGGAAAUGUUGGAUCCUUUUUGGCAAAGGCACUUCAGCCACCGGAUUCUCUGGCUGUUCAAAAUGCAAUUGAACUUCUAAAGACCAUUGGGGCUCUAGAUGAUAUGGAGGAGCUUACUCCUCUUGGUCGCCACCUUUGUACGUUACCCCUUGAUCCAAAUAUUGGGAAACUGCUCUUAAUGGGUUCUGUUUUUCAAUGCCUGAAUUCUGCUCUAACAAUUGCUGCUGCGCUCGCACACCGUGACCCAUUUGUUCUUCCAAUAGACAGAAAAACAGAAGCUGAUGCUGCAAAAAGAUCUUUUGCUGGUGAUUCUUGCAGUGACCACAUAGCUCUAGUUAAAGCGUUUGAAGGAUACAAGGAAGCAAAACAGACUCGAAAAGAAAGAGCAUUUUGUUGGGAGAAUUAUCUAUCUCCAGUAACCUUGCAGUUACUGGAUGACAUGAGACAUCAGUUUCUGGAUCUUCUAUCUGAUAUUGGCUUUGUGGACAAAUCAAGGGGUCCUAGUGCUUACAACCAAUAUAACCAUGAUUUGGAGAUGGUAUCUGCAGUUCUUUGUGCUGGCCUUUACCCAAAUGUUGUGCAAUGCAAAAGAAGAGGAAAGCGAACAGCGUUCUAUACUAAAGAAGUAGGAAAAGUGGACAUUCAUCCUGCGUCUGUCAAUGCAGGGAUUCAUCUUUUCCCUUUGCCUUACAUGGUUUAUAGUGAAAAGGUGAAAACAAGCAGCAUUUAUGUCCGAGACUCAACCAACAUAUCUGAUUAUGCUCUUCUUCUGUUUGGUGGAAGUCUCACUCCCAGCAAAACUGGGGAAGGAAUUGAGAUGCUUGGAGGUUACCUUCAUUUCUCUGCAUCAAAGAGUGUACUGGAGUUGAUUCAGCAAUUGCGGCGUGAACUUGACAAGCUUCUGAAGAGGAAGAUUGAUGAUCCUGGCUUGGACAUUUCUUUGGAAGGAAAAGGAGUUGUUUCUGCUGUGGUUGAAUUGUUGCACAGUUUUUGAUGCAUUGCCAAUUUUUUUUUCCCUUUAAUGAUAGGAGUCCUGUCAAUUUUGGUAGCUCCAUCUCCCAACCCCCUAAGAAAUGAUAUUUAGUUAACAUAAGAUAGAAGAUCCUGGAAAUUUUUUCAGUAGUAGAUUUGUCGAAAUUUGUUUACAGAGUGACCAGGAUUCCUUCAAUAUGCUUCAUGCAUAGGACUGGGUCGGGUUGAUUGAUUAUUGGCCGAUAAUGCAACUGACUAUGCUCAUUAUUGAAAACCAUUACCGGCCCGACUUUUAUGGGUCGGGUAAUGGUUGUCUUGGAAUGACCCCGAAGCAUAAGUCGGUUGGGGAGCUGAGUCUUAUGCAAUCAAGUUAAGGGCUUUUGUAGUGUUUUAAUUAUAGGCGUCCACUCUAUUUAUCAGUAUGGGUUUCACACAAUUUUUUGAAUUUGGUAGACAAACUAAUCGUUGGUAGUC